CCCCGGUGAGUGGACGAAGGACUUCCAUUCAACUCUCGUUCGCGCGCUAUGUCUCGCCACUAUCGACUGGAAGCCGGCGGGCAGACCACCUGUCCCCGACGACCACUCCGUCGCCUGCUUCACGUCCUUGCCCGGACUCAAGCCUCGCCAGUUCAUUCGCGUCGCGCUCCAUAUCGUACAAGCGUUUCUCGACGGCGGCUUCGACGAGCUGAACAAGACCACAUACCUGAACGUGAUCUUCCUAUUUGCGAAUGACGUGUUCUCCUUCGCCGCCCGCCGCGCGAUGCGAUACGAUGCAUAGUCGAUAUUCUGCGAGGCUUCCUGGACCAGCCCUGCUCGCACGAACUCGCGUCCGUGGCCUUCAGCAUUCUGUUGGGCAUGUGGCUCGCGGACGAGACCGGGCGCUCGGUGGCGUGGUCGGUACGAGACGGCGUCGUCCUCGUGCUGCACUCGCUGCAUCGCAAGAGGCCGGACAAGACCUGGGUCGAGGCGCUCUGGUACAUCGCUGCGCGCGCGACUCAUAUCCCCGUCAUCCGCGCCCUGUGCGCGGACGGAGAUCUAUGGCUGGACGGCGAGGAAACGAGCUCGGAUGUUCUGAGCAUCCGCCGUUGCAUCGAGGAGCGCUGCGUGGUAUACAAGUCGUAUCCGGUCUCGAGUUGCGAGAACGAGAGGUGCCUGCGCGACGGCACGACACCGCCGCUUCGCAAGCAUCGCUCCGCGUGCUGCAGCAUUCCCUACUGCUCGCUAGAUUGCCAACGCGCCGCGUGGCCUCGGCAUAA